GUAAAACCAAUGUUUGUCACUGAAUUGAAAUUUCUAUCGUAGUUCAAACCCGGCCUCUUUUUAGGCUGUAGUAUUUCGAAGACAGUCGCAUAAAUCGGCUCACCUUCGGUACACCCGGACAAGCAGUAAUACUGCUGGGUACAGCUACCACCAAAGGAUGAUGGUGAAGAUUGAACAAAUCAAACCGUUUGCUUUGGACCAGGACGCGACAUACUUCUUUCACCCGGAAAAAGACGAUGACAAAUCCGAUAGCUACACAGCUACGGUACCUAUGGAUAUUUGGAAAAAGUUCGAGCUUCUUCCUACACCCCCGAGAUCUCCCUCAAGGUCCCCUUGUGAUUCACCGGUUCAUAUGAUUUCUAGUUCCUCUGUAGCAGAUACACUACAGAUCGUUUCUGAGAUCUUAGAUGACGACGAAGCUCAGUCUACACCGACGGUAGAGAAGAAUUGCUCAAGCCUUAAAUCGAAAUUAAUCCAGGACUGUAUGUGGAAUGGAUCGGCGUAUGAAACGUUUACAGAUUUACGACAACUUGUGACACAUCCCAGUGAAGACCUGUACGAGACGCCGUGCUCGACACCUCCGCCGGUUGAAUACAUCAGUUCAGAUUGUGUAGAUCCUUCCACAGUAUUUCCAUACCCUAUGAACGAUACACAGAGCUUUUGCAGCUCACACUCCAGUGAUUCCGAAGAGGAAAUAGAUGUUGUCACAAUCGAGAAGCCGACCAUCAAAACGAAGAGAAAGCUGAAUGAAAGGCCGGCGACCACCGCUACUAAAGAAGAACCCCCGGUGAAAAAGCUGAGACCGGUUGCAGUGAGGGCCAAGCCAGUGAAUCAGACCACCUCUCAUUCGAAAACGAAACGACACGUUAGUAGUGGAUCGGAGGAAGAGCAUGAUUGUGAGUCCAAAAGAGCCGUCCACAAUGUCCUCGAGCGGAAACGAAGGAAUGAUCUAAAGACGAGUUUUCAUCAGCUGAGAGCGGAGGUUCCAGAGCUCGAAGAGAACGAACGAUCACCGAAAGUGACAAUUCUCCGAAAGGCCCGGGACUAUGUUGAACAAUUAAAAGAGGAGGAAACUAAAUUGUUAGCUGAAUUAGACAAGGAGAAGGAACGGAAAAAGGAACUUAUGAAAAGGUACUCUGCGCUAAAGCGAAAUUAACACACGUUCGGCGUCCGAGAUCGUUCAACCAAGGGUUCAUAUUAAAAUCAUGUAGAUUAACUUGUAAAUAUCCACAUUCUGUUAGGAAAGAGGUAGAAGUAAGGAUUUCUUAGAUAACCUACACAUUCCUUAUACGUGAAACCGGCUAUUAUAUAUUUAGUGAUCCUUGAUUCUCACUGCUCUUAGUGCCGGGCUGUUGUUUGUUGUGAAUUUUACGCACAUUCAGCGUUAUAAAAGUCUUGAGAUCGCUUUGCUUUUAGCCCGAUCUCUAAAAACCAUUAGUAAAUUUUGACUGCAUUUUUUGAAAUAACAUUUCCCAUUAAUUGAUUAUUGAACAUUGUCGCUUUAGAAGCUUGUUAUUGCACAACAGACGUUUCGAUGAAUGAAAAUAGUUUUGCAUAAUGAGGGCAAGCGCGCGAAAUGGUCGGUUCUAGAUUUGCAUCUAAUUAUGAUAGCCUCAAUCAGUCGCGCGAUUCUUUGAUUUCGGUGCGUAAAUAAGAAUGACUUGUAUAUUCCAUAGCAACGUAUUGUUGUGAAUCCAUUCACCGCAAUUGCACAAAAAUAAUCUAUUUUACAAUGUAAAACUUGGUAUAUGCCUUUAUGGCUGGUUCGUCAAGAUUAGCGCAUGUUUCAGCGGCUGACUGGUAUAGUAAUGGUGUAUGAGUGCUCGACGCACCUCGGCCUCUCGUCAAAUUCUAUUUUUCUAGGAAAAAAAUCUAUUUUAAUCCAGUACGUAAUAGCUAUGCCUGACGUGUUAAAGUAGGAGAUAUUCCUACUAAAAUUGUACAUUCAAAUCCACAUAUAUAUAUGAUAUAUUUAGAAUGAAAACACUUGAAAAAAUAGAGAAGUUAGUUGAGCCAAUUUUCCAAAAUGAUAAUCUUGUUACUGUUUUGAACGUGACGUUUUGCCCCUGGUAGUUGUUGUUUUAAAAAAAUAAAUUCCACAGGGUAAAGAUUUA